AUGGAUCAUCCAGAACCUAUCACAAAACGUCCCGUGGAAAUUCCUCAAUGUCGCAAAGGAUUCACAUUAGAAGAGGCACGAGCGUUCGUGGAUCAAGUGAUGGAAGUAUUCCGUAGUCUAGAGGAUAUGUCUGAUUUACGAUCGAUGUAUGAGACUGGAAAACAACUGAGUCGUGCCUAUUUCGAUUGUCAUGCCUACCGCGCAGAACUUGCUCAGCAUUUGACCAAUUGUGAAUAUCCAGCGUUUGCUUCAAAAAUGAUGAAAAAAUUGAACAAUAUGGGUGUAUUCAAAAACGAUGAUAUCUGGUUCUCCUCCUUCUAUUUCUACAAUACAACAUGGAAUUUCUCAGACACUUGGCCCGAAUUCGCAACCGCUUUGGCCACCGCCGGAUUGCCUAAUCUGUUGAAUUUGAAUAUCGGUCAUCAGCCCUAUCUAGAAAAUCUCAGCAGUAAGAAUGUGUACUAUUUGAUCAAGGCCAGCUUAUCCAUCAUUCACAAUAUUGCUCGUGUUCCUGGCAACACUCACUAUUUCGCUUCAGAUUCUGUACGACAAGCACUACUUCAUUUGGCUCAACGGGAAGAAGAGUUUCUACGAUGCGUAUCCACAUUGUGUCUGGCACAUAUCAUUACCGAAUCCGAAACCCAUUUGGUUACAGACACAUCGUCCGGUGGGAUUGAUUUACCGCGUGUUCUCUUCAAUUAUAUCAGCUCAGCUCGUGUGUCUGAGAAACGUCGUUGUCAUGGGUUCCAAGUAAUCGAACUACUCGGUGCUUUGUCGGCUUUCUCCGUACAUGAUCCUGUGAAAUCCAGUCUACUCCAGACGGCGUAUGGUACAACCGGACCCGGGGCAACAACGAACACAGAUCACAACUCCACAUUUGUUGGGCUUCUCAAAGAUCUGGUUGAGAUAGCUUUACUGGCCUCUCCCAGUGCUGUCUCUUUACGGGAAGCAGAAGAAGCAAUCCGUAUUUUGUGGAACCUGACAUUUGAUUCCAGUGGAUCCAAUUCGGCAGCACAGACUCAACUAAAAACUUGGCUAACUGAAGUUUUGGCUAACCCAGCUGCUCCAGCACAGCUCACCAAGGCCAUGUUACGUGCAUUGGAGGCCACACAGUGGAAAUUGACUCGUGCCACAUCCACCACGCGUCAAGAGCCAACUGAGUGUGGACCGAUUCUAUUCAGUUUUGCCCCGUCGAAUCGUCUCGCCGUGAGUCGAAUUGCCGAUCGUCUACGGGAAUCCAAUCUUCCUGUCGCUAAUCUACCGUUUAGCAAUAAUGAAACAAUCGCAUUACCUGAGGCCAAUGCUGUCGGAUUAAGCAUGUGCGCCUGUAGUACAGGAGCGCAAAGUCAGUGGUUGGAAGCUAUGGAGCAAAGUUCAGUGCUUGUGGUUUGUCUAAGUGAUGCUUAUCGUCUCAGUCCAGGCUGUCGCAUGGAAUCAGAGUACUUCAUGUCUACUGCGACCGAUGCCAAUCCGAAACCGAUCGUGCCUAUCGUUCUGCAGCCCAAACUCAAACCCACAGGUUGGCUUAGUCGUCUGACCACAAGACAUCCGAUCGAUUUCAAUGGCAAACGUGAUCCCGAAGCCAGUUACGAUACUCUUAUUAGUCAAUUAAAGGAACUUGUGGCUGAGGCGAAGAAGCGUGCUGAUUCGGCAGCUGCGGCUCAAGCUGCAGCAGUGGCUGCUACUGCACAGCGUCACCCAUCGUUGGAUAGCAAGCGUCAUUUGGGCCUCGCUGGAGACACCGGCAUCGGUGCUGUGGCCGGUACUGACGUACAGCUUAAUCAUAUUGGUAGCAAUCCUACUGCAGGAAGUCGAACCACUUCCGGUUUGUCCAUGAAACGAGAAGAUGGCUUGUCCGGAUCCACUCCAUUGGGACUGGCUGCAAAACUCCAGAACCAUCUGGCACCUCCAGGUUCCAUGCAUCCAGCUGGGAUGGUUGGAGCCGGCAUGACCAGACCUAUAGCCACUAGCGCCUGGCGUCACGUGAUUCGACCGGAAGUGAGAAACUGGUCCACCAGCACCGUUGCUACUUGGCUUCGUUUCCGCGGUCUGGGUCACGUACCUGUUCAAAUGGCCGGUGGCAUCGACGGAGUACUCCUAUCCCAAUUAGCUGGGUUGCGCAUUUGGGCUCCAGAAUAUUUUACCCAAAGUCUUCGAGGUGAAUUGGGCCUGGGCUUUGCUGAUUCAUUGCGUUUUUUGGAAGCGUUGGACGAAUUAGCUCCGGAUGAAGACGACUCGAAGAAACUAGACGGGGACGAUGAACUGGUUGACGGACAUCCCCAUGUGAAUUCUGUUGAGGGAGCCGCUUCUAGGGCUUAG